AUGCUUACGUCGCGACAAAAGGAAAUUAGAAUCAAUGAUCUUCUUAACUCCGCCCCUGCUAAAGUACCGGAUGGAGAUAAUUUUUGCGAUGAUACAUGGCCCCCGAGUGGCUUCCCUGGCAACAUCCCAAGACAUAGUGCAACCACAUACGAGAAUCAGCGGGAGUCGGGAGGGGUGAGAAAGCGUAUCACCAAGGCUUAUGGUUGCCCCAUGAUAGGAUGCUCAGGAGUAUAUCCAACCUACGCCAAGCUAAUGAAUCAUUUUCGGAAAGUGCAUCUCACGGGUGCAACUGAGGGUGGUCAAAGUCGUCCUAAGGUACAAAAUUACCAUCACCGUAAUCCCGACAAUCAACCAGCAGCAACCAACAGCUGCAAAAGCCAACGAACGGCAUUGUGA